CAACCAUGUGCAUUGGGGCUGUGUUGCAUGAGCAUAACACUAUAUUUGACAGAUGUUGACACAGAUGGCGUAUCCGUUAUUUCCCUUCUCUUUCUUUUCGUUUCUUUCUUUGACAACUGAAAUUCGUCAAGAUGGUAAACGUACCAAAACAACGUCGCACCUUCUGCAAGAAGUGCAAGUGCCACAAAUUGCACAAAGUCACCCAGUACAAGAAGUCCAAGGAGCGUAAGGGUGCCCAAGGUAGACGUCGUUACGACAGAAAACAACAAGGUUUUGGUGGUCAAACUAAGCCCAUCUUCAGGAAGAAGGCUAAAACUACCAAAAAGAUUGUCUUGCGUAUGGAAUGCACUGAAUGCAAAUACCGCAAACAGUCCCCAUUGAAGCGUUGCAAACAUUUCGAAUUGGGUGGUGACAAGAAACGCAAGGGUCAAAUGAUUCAAUUCUAAAUUAUUCGCCCCACCAGCCGGUUCGUAAUGCCUGAAGACGACGACGUUGUUUUUUUACUUCGUGUGUGUACAUUUUUUAAGUUGUACAAAAUUACAUUUUUUGUAAUUUUUGUUUAAAAAAACAAAAUAAAAAAACCAUGAAUUUUGAAAA